CAACACCACCAGCAUCGACGCAACGUUAGGGUUAUUAUAUCUUCUUCCUCGCGGUGGAAUAAUUGAACACUGUUUCUGAUUUAUUGUCUAUUGAAUCGUUAAUUGAUACUCACUUAAAGUCGAAGAUGGUUGAACGUAAGCAAUUCAAAACGAGGUUAUGUGUUCUUUAUCAGAGAGGUCGCUGUAAUCGCCAUAACUGUAACUUUGCACAUGGGAAUGCUGAACUUCGACGAUUCUCUUCCUCCUAUAAUGAUAUAGAUGGCUGUAGAUAUGUCCUUGGACUGUUUGUAGCCCACUAGUCCUGUGUCUGUGCGUGUGUGUAUUGUCAAUACUACAUAAGCUGGCCUAUUAUUCAUGAUAUUAAGCUGUUUAAACGAUUGGGAGUCUGAGUUACAUUUCUUAUUUUUGAUAACAUUCUUAACCUGCAUGGGGAAAAUUGACUAUUAAAAAACGAAGCAUUGCAUGAAGAAAAUAUAUGAAAGGAUAAAAAUGUGAGGAAAUAAAUUAUAUAUCAGCAUCUUCUGUAAACUAACUGUUUAAAUGCCAGCUUGUUUAGUCGACACACUGUUAUUCCAUUUAUUUAGCUGGAUUCAAUACUCUUAAAACACCGAGGAUCUGGAUACUUAUCAAAUAAUAUGGUCCAUAUGUCCGUUGAUUAUGUGUUAGCAGAUACCAAAGCAUUCAUAUGCAAUAACACAUAGCAUGUGGGAUUAAUGUCGGAUUAAUAUAUUCAUUUCAAUGAUGGGACGUCUGUCCACGUUAUCUUGUAGACUGUUGCAUUUCCAGCAGUACGGAUAUUUCAUUUAAUUGGGAGGGAUUCUUCACAAUGGAUUCUUCUGAUUGGUUUAUCUUAGAGGCAAUGCCGGUGUUGUUCACGACAUUAUAUUUUCUUCGCAAUGUUUUAUAUGCUUUGUUCCAUGAAUCUGUGGAACUACAGUGUUUCCUGAAGGAUCAUAAUCAGGCUUACAUGGAUGUAUCUGCUAGCAUCUUAUUUUGAUCAGAAGUGAGUUCAGUGCAUUUCCCAAUCAUUUUAUAUACAUAUUCAACUACAUAAGUGUAUGGAUCUUAUGAUAUUCCUUUUGGCUGUUACUUCUGGAUAUGCCAUGGCUACGUGGGCAAAGGCAAAAUCUAAUUAUUAAUGAAGAUGAUAGCAGGAGAAAUCAAAUCUGAUAGCUUAUGGAUGGAUUUUUAUUUCUUAAGCAUCUUGGAUAUGACUCUCCAUUUGUGAUUAAAUAUUAUAUCGUACUUCUCAACAAGAUGAGGAUGUGAACUGUUCUUAAUCCAUUGCUACCUUGUUUACACUUCAAAGAUAUAAGCUACAUACAUGGGGUUUUACUAUAUCUGUCAUAAAUAUGGGGGGUGAUAUUCUGUAUCGCCUUUUUUGCUCUUACAUGGGAAGCACUAAUACUAUUCAUUAUUAUGUUUCUCUUGUUAUUCUCGUUAAUGGCAGGAGAGAUUAUUUAGGUAAUGACUUGAGGGAUAAACUUGAUAGAAGGCAUUUAUCACCUCCAAGAUAUUCACCAGCUCGAGAUGCAAGAGAAUACAGUCCACUGAGGUCUCCGGAGAAAAAAAGUGACAGAAGACAUAGGAGAAAACACGACAUCAGUGGCCAUAGUGAUAUUUCUGGAAGUUUGAAAGUCUCUGAAAGAAUUAAUGAUCAAGUUAAAGAGGGAAAAUUGCUUCCCUCUGGUUCUAGGAAUACUCUUGAGGAGCAGCUGAAGAAAGUACAUUCCGAUAUCAACACUCUUGAGAACCGAAAAUUCCAACUAGCGGUCUACCUAGAUGAGAGUGUUCAAGAAGAGGAUAGCCUAAAUUCUAGAAUUGAGGAACUUGAGGCUCAAUUAAACAAGGAGAAUGAGGAGUGUAAAAGAGUUACUUCAAGAAUAAGAAAGUUUGUUCGAAUGCACAAUCAAAAUUUGGAGUUGCAAGAUGAACUGAAGAGAUCACAGGUCCGACUUGAAAGGUUUGGAGUUCAACUUGUCUCAGACAUUUCUAGAAUUGGUGCUAAUGAGGAAGAUUUAAGCGUUGAUAUCGUAAGCAAUGGUGAGAAUAUUGGUCUUCCUCCAAUCAUCAAACAUAAUUUGGAGCAGAAUGGCAGAUCUCCCUGCAGAAAAAGGCUGCAUGUGGAACAAGAUUCUGUGGAAGAGCUAAAACAAGGUAAUAAAUCUAAAGUAGGGCAUUUAGUUGAAACAGCAAGAACCAGUAAGCGUACUCGAUGGAAUUUGUCUGCUCAAUCAAAUAACAAGGGUUACGAAGAGGCCCCAGACAAUGGAAUUGAAGUUACUAGGCACCAAGAUCUUGAAGGAAAAAAGCAUAAGAAAGGAAUAUGGAAUUCUUCUAACAACAUUCAUUCAGAAAAGCUGAAGGAAUCCAGGAUCGAAGUGCCAUCAACCAGUAUGGCAGCUCAUGUGUUUGAAGAGGAAGUUGAGAUUGAACAUGAUAACGGAAAUGAUAUCAAAGAAACUUCAAACACUGAAAAUGACAACGGAGUGGUAUUCCAGGUGAAGGGCACACCUUUUAUGCUUCCCACAGAUUUGAUUCCCCAUAGCAAUUAUUCGCAGUAUGAGGGUAAAGACGAGAAUGUGGAUGUGGGUGGUCCUGAUGAAGAGGCAGCAGGAGCACAUGUGGACAUAGUGGUCUAAUUAAUAUUUGCCAUUUCUAACUUUCUGUUUGUGUGGUUCAAAAGUAGUAUAUUGAAAGCGUUAAUAUCAUAAACAUAGAUUUUCAAAUAGAAUAGGAUGCAAAAUAGUGGAACAAGAAACAAAUGACUUUAGUAAUCUUUGCAUGUAUGUAAUGAUGCAUUCGGUGUUGGUGGAUAUUAAUUUGUUUUAGUAAUGCCUAAGAAUGAAUGCCAUAUUUGUGGCGGUGCCUAAGCUGAGUGUCUGUUGACUCUAUGGUGUAAUGAAGUUAAGACUAGGGUGAAUUGAAGUUAUCACUGAUUACACUAUAA